AUGGAUGAAGAUGUUCUUCAGAAAACGAACGUUGCCAAGUUGCUGCCUAGAUUCGUCAAGAAGGGCGGACCGACAGUGAAAGAGCUGGCUCAAAAGAUCAUGGACAAUGCCGCUGCCUCGACGAAACGUAAACUAGAGGCGGGAAAAUCCGCGUCAAAGGACGGUUCACCUAAAACUUCAGUGCCUGACGGGUCUGUCCCAGAUGGACGUGGUGGUGAGGCUACUGGAUCCAAGAGGCCUCGAGAAGGUGAAGGGAAUGGGCAGCCAGCAACUAAGCGAAUGGUUGUCACCGCAAACCCCAAACCGGCAGCAAAACCAAACAGCACUGCGGUUUCUGGUGUCAGCAAACGGCCGCAGGAGGUAGGACAAGAUAACAAACCAGCUGCAGCCAAUGCGGCCCGCCCCAAGGCCAACAUCAUUGCACCGAAGCCCACCAGCCUCUUUGGUAGUUUGAGCUCGGCCUCUAAAAGACCUGGAACAUCGAACGCAGAACGAGCAGCGGCCGCGGCGGCCGCAGCGAAAGCAAGUAAUCCCGCGGAAAAGAAAGAAUCCCAACCCCCGCCUCCAAGGCCUACUUUCUCUUUUGGGGAUUUGAUGGCAGAUUUGAACAAGCAAAAGGAUCCUGCUCCUGCACAGCCUGCGGAGGAUAGACCCCCUGAGAGCGAAGAAGAACGGAAGAAGAGGUUGCGUAAGGAGGCGCGCCGGAAGUUGCGUGUCACAUGGAAGCCAGAUGCGUCCCUAACCGAAGUUCGUCUAUUCACACAUGAUCCCGAAGAAGAACUUGGCCCUGGCGAUCACCUGGGAGAUGUCAAGGGUGAAGGCAGUGUGCUCAAACUUCACCGAGACCUCGACGAGCUUGAGGAGGAAGAUGACGGUGGCAUCCGUGAGGAGCAAUUGUCCGACUAUUAUGAGCCUUCAGAAAUCGACAACGGCGACAUCGCACCCGACGAUCGCUCGCGAAACUACAUCAAGCGUGGCGGCACUGCAGAGCCGACUAGUCCUGAAAAGAAUGCUCAGGAGCAUCGGGAGGCCACAACGCUUAUGGUCUUCUACACCUCGCCGGCAGACGUACCGUCGACACCAAAGGAACCUCCCCCAGCGGAUGCGGAAGACACCGCACCUGAAGUUGUGUCAUUUGGGGAACUACCGGACCAUGUUAAGGCCCGGCAAGAUCGAUACUUCGCGAUGGUCAACCCUCAGCCAGCGCCAGCUCCCCAGAGCGCACCGAACGCGCCAUUCGAUAUUUCGAAUUUGCUCAAGAUCAUACAAAGCGCGCCUCAGCAACAAUCCACUCCACCACUACCUCAACCCCAAGUCGCCCAAGCACCUAUGUCUGACCUUGAGCGAACCUUCAGCAUGUUCCGCCAGCAGCAGCAGCAGCAACCGCCCCCGCCUCCGCAGGCACCACUACUGCAACUGCCCCAGUUCCCACCGGCUUCUCAGCCUCCAGGUGCUCAGGGUGUAGAUUUUCAGGGACUUUUGUCGAUCUUCAAUGCUCAAAAGCAGAUGCAACCUGCACCCAUUGUACCGCAGGCCCAGCCAUCGCAACCUAGCAUCGCUCCUAAUCUGGCCGCAAUCAUUUCUCAGUUAACUAGUCAAAACCAAUCGGCUGCGGCCAAUGGACAUCCGCCGCCAGGCCACUACGAGGAUCCGGAGCGGAAGCGCAUACGUGAAACUGGCGGAUAUGACGGAAACGACGAUGAAAGGUUCAAUUCUAAACGAAGCAGGUCAAAUGAGCCGAACAAGAAGCAUCCCAAAGCAGGAUUGGUUCCCUGUCGGUACUGGCGAGAAGGCAAGUGCCGCAAAGGCGACGAAUGCACGUUCCGUCAUGAUCCAUUGGACUGA